AUGUCAUCUUCGACGGUGCCCAAUCUUGUAUUACAAGCUAAUAACCUAAAUUACGCUGCCAUGAUGUUUAUUCGAUGUUACUGUUAUAUCGUCAUACCAACGGGAACCAUCGGUCAUCUAUUGAGUGUUUAUGUGUUCACACGACCAUCACUAUGUUCAAAUUCUUGCAGUCGAUAUUUUCUAGCAGCAAGUAUCGUCGGAUUAGCUCAUACUGUAUAUGUUCUACCCAUGAGAAUGAUACAAUCAGCUUUUGUCGACACAGAUCCAGGUGCAUAUUCGGUCAUUUUCUGCAAAAUAACAUGGUUAUGCUUGAAUUCGUUGAGAGGUUCAGGAUUCUGGUUGAUUGUGGUAACUUCAAUCGAUCGAUACUUAUGUAGUUCCUCUUCAACAAAUACAAGAGCAUGGAGUAAUAUACGUGUAGCUAAUCGUGUCAUUCCUUUAAUUAUCAUCGUUCUCUUCACUGCAUAUGUUCAUGUUCCUGUCUUCUUCAGAAUUGAUAUUAUACCAGCUACACAAAAGCCAAUAUGUUAUCCACCUGGUCCUCCGGGAACUUAUCGCAUCAUUUUAUCAUAUUUUAACCUUGUUGUUCUUGGUCUGUCACCUUCAUUAUUAAUGUUAAUAUUUGGUCUUCUGACACUACGCAAUGUUGAACGAUCAAAACAGCUCAUAGUUGCGCCUACAACAAAUGCGCCGAAUGCCAUUCAUCGAAAGACCAAUACUCAUAUGAUUCGAAUGUUAAUCGUUCAAGUAUUUGUGUAUUGUAUAACAGGAUUAACCUUUUCUGUUGCAUUGAUUUAUACAGCUAUCAACGCUAGUAGACCGAAAACGAUCUUCGAAGUAGCUCAAGAAAAUAUGAUCAAUGCAACAGUUGGCAUGAUGUCUACUGUUGGUCCAUGCUUGAGCUUUUAUUUAUUCACCCUUUCAAGUGGCUUAUUUCGAAAAGAAUUGAAAAAUCUCUUUUCUGGCAUUCACAACUUUGUUGAUCAUUCUUCAGCUGUCGCAAACACAACAAAUACCAAUCGAUGA